AUGCAAAAGGCAAUGAAAAGCGCAGAAUAUAUAAAAGCUAAUAAUGACUGGUUAGAUGCCCAAGCCAACGCCAAAGCAGCCCAACUUAUAGGGUCAAUAAGGACAAAAAUACAAGCGGAUGAAGACAGUUCAAAUGAAGCUUUAAUGAAUGCUGACUUUAAGAACGCCUUCGAAGCUCUUCAUAGUAAGGUGAAACUAGUGAACGACUUCUCAUCUGGAAAGAAACUGAAGUCUGAAGGUUUCGACAAAGAGUUAAGAGAAGUAGCACAAAAUAUGACGAAAAUAACAGAUGCAGCAACGAGACAGGCAGUUCAAAGUGCCUAUGACGCCGUUAGAGCAACUGUUGUGGAAAGUCAAGAAAAAGAGUUACAACAGACCAAAACAGACCUAGUAAAUGCUUUCUUAAAAACGAAAAGUCAGGUAGGACAUUAUGCUGCAGAUGGAACAUAUGUGCCAGCUGGUGGAACUUAUAUACCACCAAACCCUCCAAGAGAAGCACCUGCACCAGGACUACCUAAAACAUUUACAUCGUCACAUGGACACAGACACAGGCAUGCACCAAAACCAACAGUUCAAAACACUGCACCACAACCAACAGUUCAAAAUCCAGCACCACAACCAACAGUUCAAAACACUGCACCACAACCAAAACCAGCACAACAACCAACAGUUCAAAACACUGCACCACAACAACCACAAACAGAGCAAGGACAUAAAAGAAGUAGAGAACAAGGAAACCAAGAAUUCUUAAAAAUGCUUAAGGAAGACUAUGGUUACCCAGAUACUCUUGACUUUAGUGACAGAUAUAAAGAAGCUAUUAGAAAGUUCAAGGAAGGAAAUACUGACCCGAACCUAUUUAGCUUUAUGGUUCAGCACCAAAUGGGAUAUAAUUUCAAACCUGGAAAAUACAAGCUCGCUAAGGGAUAUGAUUUAAUAGCAUAUCAUCCAAAUGACAUGACUGAAUUUACUCCAAGAUAUUUGGUGUCAGAGCUAAACGAUAAUUCAACUCUCUUCAUGAAACGCGUAAAAAAUAGAGACGGAACGAAAGAAGAAAGGUUUAUGAGUCCGGAUGACUUAGAUAGGGAACUUUUUAAAAACGGUCUCGGAAUAUAUGAAAUGCCAGCAGAUGAGGUACAAGAAACUCCACAGGAAGAAGUUCAGAUACAACCAGACAUGGAAGAAAUAGUUCAGCAACAACAGCUAGAAGAGCCAGAAGGAAACGAACAAGUCCCUCCUUUGGAAACUAACUUCACAGAACUAGAUGAAGAUUUGGAACAGCCGAAAAAUCUUGACCCUCAACAAGAGUAUGCGGGGAAUAUGGAAUCUUUCCAAGAGUCUAAGAAAAAUUCGGCUGACAUAGUAGAAGAAUAUCGAAAAAUGUUCGCCGACAUACAAAAGACUCCAACAUCAGAUGAAAAUAUCCAGCAUAGAAUGGAAGAACUGAAAGAAAGUGUACACAAAUACAACAAUCCUUUUUACUUACGAGCAUAUAACGUUCAAUCUUUGGAUGAACUCGGUGAAAAUAAAAGGUUAAAUUUCAACAAAACAUAUAGAAAUGAAACAUUGUUUAAAGUUCAUUCAGAACCUAGCCAAUAUGGAAACAAACCUACUUUU